GUAACUACAAAAGUCUGAGUUCCUUUUCAGCAGAGACGAGGAAAUAACGGGUGGAUCAACUCAUUCAGCCUCACCGCCCCUAAAGUGCUGAAAAUCAAAACUAAAAACACAAACUUCAAACAGAACAAUAACCUACUACGGGAAAAUUAGAAAGUGGAUUAAACUUUUUAGGUCACCAAGACAGUGUAACUAAACAUGCUAAGCAUGGUAAUUCCAACAGAUGUCAGUGUUUGAAGUCUACUGAAAAUUUAUAACAACUCUUCAAUGUCCUUAAGGCAGGAAGGUACUUAAGGAUGUAUCUUGAGUCACUUGACCAAUUCGCAAGGUCAUCAUUCGACAGCCUCUAGGUCGUGUCGUUAAGUUUUGUGAUGUGUGGUUGGAUCGCCACGGUUUAUUUUCCUUACCACAAUACUUUUGUCUUCUCGUAAAUAAUGCAGCCCUUUCUCCAUGUUUCUCCAGAAAAGUCUAGUGAGAAGAACCUUGCAACUAGCGUUAUGGGAGUUCUGAGUGAUUACAUGCCACGAAAUCAAUAUCGCACCUGUGGUCCUACCGAACAGGUGUUUUGCGUUAGGUUUGAAGAGUGUGACGCUAAUAAAUGUAGUUUAGCCUAUUCCAUUAUUCUGUCAUUAGUCACUUGCAAAGGGUCAUAUAUAUGGGGAAUUUCGUUUGGUGGUAAUGCUACCUUGUUAUACGCAGAGCGGAAUACUUGUACAAUAGACUUGAAACUUCUUCCCACUCCUACACAUCCUGGUGACUCCUUAUUUUCUAGCAGACCUCUUAUGGCCAUCUGUGAUACUUUCAGCUGCCUGUCUUAUCAAUGGCAGGUGCGGUUUAUUUCUUUGUGUGAUCACAGAGUAGUCUUGUCAUAUUCCCUGGAAUCUAAAGCCUUGUCAGUGGAUGCGAACGAUAGAUUUGUUGUUGUUAAUAGGACUGAUGCAAUAACAGUAUUCUCAGCUUUAACGCUUACUGAGUGCUACACAAUUGCAUAUGUCAAACCAAUAUUGUGGUCAAAUCUUGUGCCAAAAAAUGUGCCUUCUUCCCUCGGAAUUCGUUGGCUGGCUUUUGCGGAUUCCAAGCCAGUCUAUCAACAUCUGUCUCGAUGUGGUGACGCAAGUACGGACGAAUCACAGCCCUUGACUACUGCUGUACUAAGCAUGAAUAAGCGUCUUUGGGAUGGUAUUUCAGCUUUGGCCACUUCAGUUGUUUCAAAUUCAUUAAGUGCAAAUUGUCCGACUUCGCGAGUUAAUCAUCUCAGUCCUCAACACCAACCACCUCAGUCACCUUCACCGGAAGCAUUCCAGCGUUAUAAACUUAGUUUAAGCAGUUCUGAAUUGAAUGACUCUAAUACCACUAUUUCACCCGGUUAUGUCACAAUAGUUGAUUUGCAAGCUUUGAAAUCUGAACAUGAAUUGUUGAGAAAACUUGAAAAAAAUACAACAUCGAUGCGUUUAUAUUCCAACAAUUCCAAUCUUUGUAGUCCGCCAGUCCAGCCUAAUACUACCACCACUAGUUCACAACCGCAAUACUGUUCAACCAAUAAUGAACGUGCAAAUAUAAUAACGUCAGGAACAAAAUAUUUGAAUGUACAUGAAUUUAGUGGAUCAGGUGCUUUAGUGGCGCAUUUCAUGGCUCACCGUUGGGCUAAUGUUGCACUUCUAAAGUUUGAUACGUCUGGGAGCCUUUUGUUUACUGCCUGUAAGCGGGGUCAUUCAUUCAACCUAUUUCGUAUUGCCAAUCAUCCAUUUGAUCAGCGUCAGACUGCUGUACAUCAUUUGUACAUAUUGGAGCGUGGUAAUUUGCCUUGUGAGGUUGUUGAUGCGACUUUCUCUCGGGAUUCUAGAUGGGUAGCUGUUAGUAGCAACCAUGGUACUACACAUGUUUUCCCUAUAACUGCUUAUGGCGGUCCGAUCACUGUUCGUACACAUACUCGACCUCACGUUGUGAAUCGCACUUCACGAUAUCACCGGUCAUCUGGUUUGGAAGAGCAUCAUCUGACUAGACCACAACCUGAAAGAAAUGCAAGUGAUUCAACUUUAUUUUACAGUAGUUCCAAGAGUAACUCUGCCAAUAUUCUGCAUCAUAUUCCUCAGGCUGGUUCUGUCAAGCAUCCUUGCGUUCUUCAUGUUCAGUCGUAUGGUUCCGUCUCCGGUACAUCAGGAACAGUUGCAAGUUCUUGUCAAACAGCGCCAAUAGCAGGAUUUGCACCCCAAUGCCCUCAUCUGGGAUUUACGUCUGCAGUAACUCCAUUCGAAGAAAAUCCUUUGGGGUAUAUCAAUGAACAAUGUUCAAAUACAACAUGUGUAGUUGACAGUGAUCCAACUUUAUCUGGUACCUCACCACUGAAAUCUUCAUUUACAUCUGCAAGUUCAUUUUCUUCAGAAACAUCUAGCCAACUUCAUAUUCCUGGUUCUCGAAGUUAUGUGCCCGACCAAUCCAAUAUGUUAUUUGCAAAUAGUGAAGGAUUAUGUGCUUGCCCACCAAAUGCACUAUAUAAUAGUACUAAUUCUCGGUUACCACCUUAUCCAGAACCCUGUCGUGUCAAAGCUGAGGCGAGAUUAAAACCAUCUAGUGGAAAUACCAUAACAUCAGUUGCCCUUGAUGCUGCUGGUAGUGCUUUGGAAGCUGUUACACCUAUGACAGGCACUAGUACAUCGUUAAUCGACCGCAGUUCAUCAUCUGUAAAACCGUAUUGUUGUAGUUCUAAUGGCGCCCAUUACUCUGAUGUGUGCACACAUACACAAAUACCGAUUGCUUCAGCAACUCGUUCAGCCUUACACUCACGAAAACAUAAUCGGCGUCAAAGAGGUUGUCAGUCGCUACAAAGUGUAGACCAAGAUAUUUCAAGUCCAACUAGUAGUAGUGUAAGAGCUGCUCGUUUUGGACCGCCUGUGUGUUUCCUUCCAAAUCAAUUUCGCUUAAAUAAUAUAUCUUCAGAUUAUUGUAGUGAUCCAUAUGUUGGGAAAUCUCGUGCUGUAGAUGCAUUGUUCAUUUUGACAGCUGAUUUGCGCUUGAUAGAAUAUGAUCUGUGUGUCAGUCCAGCGGAUACAGCUACGAUAGGUGGGAAGUUGUACCAGGAUGGUUCAAUUCGUCUUGAUUGUGUUCCUGUAGGUGAAUGGAAUUUACAUACAGAUGCUGUUUACUUGCCUCCAUUUCCUAAACAACAUCCACUCAUUUUAGCGUCAUCUACACUACAAUCAAGAUGCAAAGUGAACAAGUCAAAAUGUGAUCGCAGUCCUACUAUUUCAAGUGAUCCAACUGAAAUUCGAUGUGAACCUUAUACCAACAGUCCUUCGCCAGCAUCAUUGGUGCAUCACGAGAAGCCUGUAUCACCAUUGAAGCCCGUCUCACUCCAGAAUAUUGAUAAUAGCAAUCGUAAAACAGGCUUAUUAAAAGUUCAAACAAGCACAAUCGAAGGGGAUGAUAAUAGAGUUGUGACUCCAGCUGGAUGGACUGCUGAAGAUGUUGCUUCUUAUUGGUACAGUCAAGUUGAAAUCACUACACACUUAGGACCUUUACGUCGUGUCUGGAUGGGUCCACAAUUCACUUUUCGAAACUAUUCAAAACAACGUGAAUGGAGCAGAUGUGAUCUACGACUUUCAUCAUUGAGUUCAUCAGAAAAUGACAGUCUAUCCAUUAGUUCACAAACAGUAGGAUUCGGUGGACACAUAACAACUGCUUUACAUCCUACUCUAUUAGAAGCAUUCACGCUGAAUACACCAUCUAUAUUGCCACCAAUAUUAGAUAUCACUGAUACAUCAUACAAUGAAUUAUUAUUGAAAGAUAGAUUUCCUGCGACAUUGACACCGUUGAAUGGCUCUAAUAAUAGUCUAAAUAUGAUUGCAUAUCACAGUUCUUCUGUAUCUUCUUCGUCGUCUACGAUAACCACCUCAUCGUCUGUUCAUCAUGCUUUCAUUCAUUCACAUCUUUCUCACCAUCAUCCCAAUAUGACACUGACUGCAAUGAGUCGUAAUACACCUCCAUCGAAAACGAUCAUGUUGCCAAGAUUACCAUCAGGUUUGAUAUUGGAUUCUAGUACUGGCUACAAUAGUGCACAAUUAAGAUGGCGUAAUUCAUCAGGUGAACCAACUCGUCCGUUGAGUAUUACUGGUGGUUUUGGACCCACUGGUGAACCAAUCAUCAUUGAAGGUGGGAGUUAUCAAAAUUCCAGUUUAGGUAGCUCUUUAUCCAGUCUAGUUGGUCGUGGCACAGAUGAUUUGGCACAAUCAAUAGCGGAAGCUAUUCAGGAUGAAGAAACGAAUUGGAAUUAUGAUAAGAGUCCUAGUAGUGUUCAACAAGCAUCAACUGUUGGUAAUCGUGGUGUUUGGCAAUUCAGUGUUAAAUCUACUGUUUCAUCUGGUACUAUUGGUUCAACAAUAUUUCGACCGUCUACUAUACCUGCUCAAUCUAUAUUAUCAGAAGCUGAUUUUCCAAGUCAAGAUACUUCACCUUCAGCUGUUGAUAAUAUUUCAUCGAAAUAUGAAUCUUCAGAACAGAUUGUUAUCGAUAAACAUUAUAAAAAUGAAAAUCAAUUACCAAAAAGUAAUUUAAUUGUUAAAAAUGUGAGACGAAAACAUGGGAAAAAAUUGAAAGCAAGACGUUGUCACUCAUCUACAAUUGAAGAAUUGAACCCAUCUAAUUUAUAUCCAUCGGGUUAUGAAAGUCUAAGCACUUCACCAAUAGUUGAAGAUAAUUUAGUCUAUUAUAAGUCUUCAAGUGUAUUAGCUCACUCAUUACCAGAUGAUUUAAAAGUCAGUAUGUUUAUUGAUAAUAAUGAUGUGCAUGCACCAGAUUACAACGAUGCUAUAAAUGUACCAUCUCAACUAACACAACCAGUUGAUGAUGAAAAUACUAAUAGAAGUAAUGAAACAUUUCAAUCUGAAGAGACUGAUAAUAAUGAGUAAGAGAUUCAUGAAAACAGUGCAGCAGAUUCUCUCUAUCAGAUUAUAAUGUGUACAAUUUACACAUUGUACUUAUUGUAUAAUUAAUUAUUCGUAGGAUAUAUGUAUCAUAUUUAAAGGAGCCUAUGAAUAUUACGCUGAGAUUGUUGGGAAUGGUAUGUGAAUAAGAGAAAACCAAGAUACUUCCUCCUCCUCCCCCUGCCAGGUACAAACACUCAUUGCGUUCUACCAGUAUCGCUUUAUUUUCAUUUAUCUUCUAGGAUGAUUUAUCUUUUUUCAUGUUAAGAUCCAGGUGCUAUUUUUAAAAAAUAUCUGAAUGUCAUAUCUCUGUGCGUGUGUAUUCUUCGAUUAUAUUUUCAUGAGUCUUUAUUUGUUUUAAACAACAAAAGUAUUCUCCACCUUCAUAUAUUUUGUCAUUUGAGUAAAAAAAAAGUGUAAUUUUUGUGCUUCUAAAUGGCCGGUUAAUUUGUUGAUCCUUAUUUCGUAAAUACUAUCUGCUGAAAACCAUAUUAUUGUUGUCUAUUCUUUAUUUGAAGCUAUUUUAUUAUUACACACUGAAUAUGUAUACAUCUGUGUGUAUUGGCAAUCGCAUAAAGGGUUUUUUUUUAUAUGAACGCAGUCAUGCAUCUCUCCCUGUUAUCUAUUCCAUAUUUUCCUUGUUUUUCAUGAUUAUUACUCACGGUGAAGUAAAAUGCAGUAGACUAAUAAUACUCGAGAAGAACCAUCAAAUAUUAACCCCGUCUAUAUUAUUAUUUCUUUUCUUUUUACUCUUCAUUCCUUUAUUUGAAAAUAUUUGUCAUCUUAAUAUUCAUGUUGUGAUUUUAUUGUCCCCAUAUAUAAACAAGAGUCAUAUGAAAGUGUGUAAUGUUUUCAAUCUUAUCUUACAAGAAAAUGGUGUGGAUUGCUGUUGGACCUUGAAAAUAAUCUGUGCAGGCAAUACUUAAUAGUUUAGUUACAUCAAUGGCGUUGAUAUACAAAGAGCAUCUUUCAUGCAAAUAUAGAAGUGGAACUUUGGGCACUGUGGUGGGUUGUAAUUCUCUUUUAGUUGAUUUAUUAAAUGUAUCACACAGUAG